AGACGCUGCCAGUUUGUAAGCGGUGUAAGUUUGCGGGCGGGGAGGAGUGAAUUUUACUAAAAAUGUCCUCCGUGCCUGAUGGCAAAAAGCUGGUCCGCAGCCCGAGCGGACUUCGUAUGAUACCGGAGAACGGAGCCUUCAGCAGCCCCUUCUCCCUGGACGAGCCGCAGUGGGUGCCAGAUAAAGAGUGUCCAAGAUGCAUGCAGUGCGACACAAAGUUUGACUUCCUCACAAGGAAGCAUCACUGUAGGCGCUGUGGGAAGUGUUUCUGUGACAAGUGCUGCAGUAAGAAAGUGCUUCUCCCUCGGAUGUGCUUUGUGGACCCGGUCCGGCAGUGUGCAGAAUGCAGCCUUGUCUCACAGAAGGAGAUGGAGUUCUACGACAAGCAGAUCAAAGUGCUCAUGAACGGUGCCAAUUUUACUGUGACUUUGGGCACCUCGGAGAAAUCAGAAUCAAUGGUCUGUCGGCUGUCUAACAACCACAGGUACCUCUUUCUCGAUGGAGACAGCCACUUGGAGAUUGAACUCUCCCGUGUCUCGAGUUUUCAGAUCCUGACGGAAGGGUUCACCCCCGGAGAAAAAGAUAUUCACACUUACACCAGCCUGCUGGAGAGUCAAUAUAUUACUGAAGGGGGUAACUCUCGUGCCAGUGGCAUGCUGCUUCAGUAUAAAGCAGUGGGAUCCCAGGAUCUACAGCAACUCAAGCUGAACGCCAGAGAAGAUAACAAGACUGCCUCAGCAUGGCUAGCAGCAAUGCAUAAGGCUGCAAAGCUUGUGUAUGAAUCGCGGGACCAGUGACAGUUGAGAUGCGGAUAUAUUGACAUGAAGACGAAGGCUGCUCAAGUAUUACAUUGUUUCUAGUCUGACACGUAUUUUGAAAAUGCCUCCUCUGUUUGCUUUUUUUCCCUGCUUGUUUAUUUACAUAAUUGAUUACUAUUGAGUAUUCUGGGGAUCUAGUGCAAUAUAUACAGUUUAUUAAUGCUUUAAAUGUAGUCUUACGUUUUCAAUUUUGUAAAAGUUGGUUAAUUAUUACUAUUUUAACACUUCUAGAACAGCAGGAUACAUACCUUUAUAUGCCUAUGCAUUUUUUGUAGCACUUCUGUAAACUUCUUUUCCUACAUGAUAAAGUACAGAUUUGAUAGUUUUUUGUUAUUGAUUAAAUGUAACUCAAAGAAAAUAUUGCACUGCUAAUAACUUUAUACAGAUUAAUUAGAAUAGUUUUACUUCCCUGAAAUGGUAGGGAAAGAGAACACCAUGCAAUACAUUAAAACCAAUAUUUGUGUACAUCCUAUGAAGGUUCAGUCGUGUACUAAUUAGAAAGGACCUAAAGCUCUUGCUGGAAAUUCAUUCAAAUGAGUACAACCUUUUUGCCUGCAUUGUUUGUGAUCAUUAAUCGAAUUUGUCUUCCUAGUUUCCCCAACUUCAGUCUAAAGAGAGUGUGUUUACCAAGUUUUGAGUUCUAAAAUAUUUGGACAAGGGGCGCAUGGUUUGCCAGUUAUGUGGCUUGAGUGAAUUGUUGCAUUGUUUAAUGGUUCCUAAUCGUGAUCAUUAGAGACUGUAAAUAGAUCUGCUUUACCUGUACAAAUGGAGAGCUGUUUUUAUUGUGUGUACAUCUUUCUUUAAUAAAAUAAACGAAUUCAA